GUCAAGUUUUGAAUAUUAGUUCUAGUGACUCAAUCAACAAGUCAUCUGUUGUUAUUAAUAUGCUGGAUCACAAAGGAGCACUGAACUAUGAAAGGAAUGCAGAGGGAGUGGCUCCACCAUGUAUAUAAGGUCCAUCCCCGUGGAUCUGCAGUCAAACUCACACCUGCUGGAUCUCAAUCAGAUCGGCUGUAAAACGUGAAGAAGAAGAAGUUGGUUUCAGGUUGUUGACAACAUCUCAUGCUGGUUUUUAAAUGCUGCUGCACUGACCCGUUAAACCACAACCAGAGAGAAAUACAAACGAUUCUUGGCUCACUCCAUUACAACAAUAAGCCUUGUAACACAAUAUUUCGCUUCACAAUAAGAUAAAGCAACACAAUGGAGCGUCGUUCACCAGACAUUGAAUCCUCUGGUGUUGACAGGGAGAUGUCAGUGGUGGAGUUGGAUGAGCACUGUGUUUUGUAUAUGAAAGAAAAUCCCACAUCCACCAACACGCAGCUGUUCUGUAUGUUGGCCCUGCUGAAGGCCUAUGUUCCUGAGUCCUACCUCCUGAUGUCUGAUUGUCAAAGGAUUCUUGGCCCACCUGAUCCCAUCCAUGGAGGCCCCCCCUUUGAACAGAGAAUGAAGCCUUUUACCAACUUCAUCAGGAAAUCCAGUCCAAACCCUGGACACGUACAUGUAUGUAUGAUUAACAAGGAAUCUGCACAAAAGGCUGUGGAGGUAAUGGCUGCCAGGAGUGAUACAGUGAAAAAGCUUAUGUUCUCACUUUGUGGAGCUCAGGCCGAACCACAUGUUCUCCAAGUCAUCAAAGAUCUGCUGACAAAGAGAGAAACGGUAGAUAACCGCCAAGAGAAGUUCUCAGGGUUGGUUGAAGAUAUACUGAAGCAUGAGAGGUUUUACAAAGCUCUAUUUGUCUUGAAGAACGCGUCAACAAAAUUCAGAGAGAACGCCGCUUUCCCCCAAGUUGUUUCUCGUCUGUAUUACAUUGCUAAAGAACCAUCUGACUAUGUAAAAGCUGAAGAAUGGGCAAAGAAAGCCAUUGAUCGAGCUCAAGACAUCUCUUACAUAGCUGACACUCUUGGGCAGGUUUAUAAGAACCGUUUGUUGAGGCUGGGUGAGGGACCAGACGAAAUCAUGAGAAUGGCAGACGAGGCCUUCACAGCAUUUAAAGAUGUGGAGAAGAAAGCAGACAAUGAAGAGCCCCUACAGAUGGACACAGAAGGUACUGCAAGCAUUGCAGAUACUUUCAACAAUCGGGGCCUUUUCGGCUUCCUCCAAGUGGCAAAGAUCGCUUUUGAAAAACUCAGUGACCAGCAGCUGAGGGCUUCUUUAAUCCAAAACAGGAGAAAGAACGUCAAAGCCAAGUUUGAAUUCUUUGAGUGGUACCUGACCUACUCGAAGCCCAAUGAGACAACUUUAGAGCCAGAUUACUUCUGGAAGGAUGUGGCACUCUGUUACGAACAUUACACAACAGAAGCAGCAGCUGACUCCACCAGCUUCCCAGGUCUUCUUGACUGUUUGAAUCAAGGCCUUUUCAGGUCCAGGGGGAAGAGGGCAGGAUUUCAGGAGGAGGAGAAAUCAGGGUUUGAUUUAGAGGAAAUCCAACGUGAGUUGAAAAACCACUAUGAGGAAAAUGUUGAUGAUGUCCAAGUAGCUGAGAGGUACAUCCUCUCCAACAUCAUCUUGAGCAACAAGAUGCCGGAUUCUCCUCAGCUCGCCUCGGUGGAAGAACUCCAAACUAUCCUUUCGAGAUUCUUGGCCACAGAAAGGAGGCAUAGAAGUCCAGAGUUCUACCUCUUGGUGCUGCUGCUGUGGGUGUUCCCUGAGGAGCAGCCUCUGGUGCUGCAGGACGAGGACGAUGAAGAAGUGGAACAAGCGCCCACAGAUGGGCAGCCUGGACAGCUGCCUCUUGACCUUGGUUCUGACUCAGACCUACAUCAGUAUGUCACCUUCAUGGAAAAAGCCUAUGAAAGGUCCAGUUAUGCCAAGUACCUUCGAUCCCGUUACCUUUUGCCUCUGUUUUUUCUGGGUGAGGGCUCUGGACUGAGCAAAUGGAUUCACAAAUCACGGCUGGAUGCAAUCGUGGAACAAAGGGUGAACACUGAGCUGGCAGGUGAAAAGAAUCCAACUGAUUUAGAGAAAACAAGGCGGAUUGAAAACAUGUGGAGGAACGGUGACGUGUGGCAAUUGCCGGAAAUCAGAAACAUCCUUCGCCCGGUCACGGUUCACGACAAUAAAGUGGAUGUUUGUGCCGGAGGGUGGAAAGAAAAGGUUUCAACAGAGGUUGAACCUAAGGAUCCAUCGUUGAGCACCAUCUAUCUUGGCUUCAACAUUAAGGGUCCCACCUUGACAUCCUCGUCAAGGUGGGAGAACUAAGUGUAAGGUUUCUCUAAAGCACCUGACCUUUUUAUUUUAUUUUAUUUCACUCAUUACUCUGAAUUAUCAGUUCUUUUGAAGGUGUAUGGGUCAAAUGUGAUUGACAUUAAUCUGAUUUGUUGUAAUGUGUGGAUAUUCUUAUAUGUCUAUGAAAAUAUGUCUCAAUCUUAUGUGAUAAAGAUAUUAAAGACAUUUCUCUCAUAUACAGCCUACUUGCUUAUAUACAUAUUUGGGUUGAAAACUGAUUUUGUGUUUGUGUUUAGUAUUUACAAUAAUUCAUUUUAUCCCCCAUUGCAUUCUACUGGCCAAGUAUUCACUCUCUUAGGCAUCCAAAUGUAUUGAUGACAAAAUGAAUUUCCAUCUCAACUAAAAAGGUUUCUACCAGGGGAGAUAACCCAUUCUUCUUCUACAUAUAAAGCUUUUAUCAUGUGGUGUCUAUUGGAUUUAUUAUCAGUAUCUAUAUUAUUUUUAUCAUUAUUAUCAUUAGUUAUUACGGUUAUUUUGAUUGUAAUAACUGACUUGUAUUGAAAAGUGCUAUACAAAUAAAGUCGUUAUUAUAUUUAUAA